AUGACAAAUGAGUUCAACAUCGUACUCGGGUCAUUGUGUUGGCAGAACGAGGGGUCGUUAGAUUUGGCGCGCCUCAACGAGUUGGGCAAGUCGCACGCGUUUCCGCAGUACUAUGUCACCGACCACGACAAAGUACUUCGACAUUGCUGCUUCACGUCGGAUUCGGUUAUGACUUUUGACCGACCGCAUCCGACGAAGACAAAGUGCAUGACGCUGCCUCUCAAUGCCUUUGUUGGCGGAAUCUACGGCACCGACAGUGUCGCCGCCGCCAUGGCCUUGCAUCCAAAGCCCAUCAUGCGUGAUCACUUCAAGUCCCACAACGAUCCAGUCGUUUCAAGCAUGCAGUACCUGGAGAAGUACCCGGCCAUUUUCAGCUCGACUUUGGCCAUUGCAGGCGUGCGCAGUGUCCAAAACGUGACUCACAGCGCCGAGUGCGUGAUGGACUCGACGCACAAAACGAACGCAUCAGGUUUUGAAUUCAAUGGCGGUUUGGACUGGCGUGAAAUUGUCCUUGUGGCACAUGGAUCGAGCAAUUCGAGCACGCUUCAUGAAGGAAAGGAGUUUCCAGAUAUCCGCAGGUUCGCCCCGACGAAUACCUUGCUCCAUGUUGAAGGGAACACGCCGGCGUUUCUAGCAGUGUGGGUGCAUGGAACACACGUGUUGGAGGAAAGCUUCUGUGAAAAAGCGGACGAUGCUACGCCUCCCCACGACAAAGCUCGCGUGUUCUACAUCCGCGCUGUGGAAGAAAUCUACAACUUUGCAAGGAAUGCAGCGCAUCAUAUCUAUAUGUCACUGCCAUCUUGGGAAUCCAGAAUGAACGCACAGUGGAAAGUUUUCGCAACGAAAGCCGACGAAGGCGAUGUGUACGACACGUCGAUGCUGCGCUGGACUUGUACCUAUCCUUCCACGCAACACCAAGGUAGCAACUACAUAUUCCACACCCCAGGAGUUAACGAGACGUCCAUCAUCAGGUGCCGCCGCGUUACAAGGUCUUCGCUUCGUCUCCGUGUGCGACUGGCGUUGUUGCGUCAACAACAGCGCUCCCGCCUCACCAUACCCGAAAUAACGUUUACUCUCGACGACUACUCCGAUGCGGACUGCAUCGAUAAGUUUCGCUUCACCAAAGCGUUCUUACUUCGUUUAUCCGCGUGCUUGCGCAUCCCCAGUCGAGUUGUGACGACCGAACGUACGUCAUGCAGUGGCAUCGAGGCGUUGUGUGUGCUACGACAUUUUGCGGUCCCUGAUCGUUGGUCAGACUUGAUCUCAAUGUUUGCUCGGUCCCAGAGUGGGUUGUGCAAUAUUUUUCUGCACGUCCUCGGCCAUACCGGUAUCCACAACGAAUUCGACGAAAUACUAUUUCUCGAUCGAGACCGGAUCAGCGCCCAACCAGUCGAGUACAGUAAUGCGAUCAUUGCAAAGGGUGGUGAAAUUCAAAACGUGUGGGCCUUCAUCGACGAAACCGUUCGUGAGUGCUGUCGACCGAGUGGUAACGAACGUCAGCGCACCGUCUUCAAUGGACAUAAACGACGCCAUGCCGUCAAGUUCCAAUCGUAG